AUGGUGCACAGCGCCUACGAUUCCUUUCAACUCAUCAGUAAUUCCUCCACCAGAGUCGACGCCAUUGAAUCGUACGGCUCCAAUCUUCUCAUAUCAUGCUCCGAUGGCUCCCUCCGAAUCUACGGCCCCGAGUCCUCAUCCGGCGAUCCCCGAUCUCCCCCCUCGCCCUCUGAACUGUAUUCCAAACCCCCGGAGCUGAAGAAGGAGACGUACGUUUUGGAGCGGACGAUUAAUGGCUUCUCCAAAAGGCCGAUGCUCGCCAUGGAGGUCCUCAACUCGCGGGAGCUGCUACUCUCGCUCUCCGAGUCGAUCGCCUUUCACCGGCUGCCCAAUUUGGAGACGCUGGCCGUGAUUACGAAAGCCAAGGGCGCGAACGCUUACUGCUGGGACGAGAGGCGAGGGUUUUUGUGCUUCGCGCGGCAGAAGAGGGUUUGUAUCUUCAGACACGACGGGGGCCGUGGGUUUGUGGAAGUAAAAGAAUUUGGUGUUCCAGACACUGUUAAAUCAAUGUCAUGGUGUGGUGAGAAUAUAUGCUUGGGGAUCCGAAGAGAGUAUGUAAUAUUGAAUUCAACUAAUGGUGCAUUGUCAGAGGUGUUUCCAUCGGGGAGGAUCGCCCCGCCUUUGGUUGUGUCUCUUCCAUCAGGGGAGCUUCUUCUAGGGAAGGACAAUAUUGGUGUGUUUGUUGAUCAAAAUGGGAAACUUCUUCAAGAAGGCAGGAUUUGCUGGUCAGAGGCUCCUACAACAGUUGUUGUAGAGAAGCCAUAUGCAAUAGGUCUCUUACCAAGACACAUUGAGAUACGUUCUCUUCGUGACCCGUAUCCACUGAUUCAAACAGUUGUUCUCCGCAAUGUUCGUCGGAUACUUCAAAGCACCCAUGUUAUCAUUGUCGCUCUAGAAAACUCUAUUUACGGCUUGUUUCCUGUUCCUCUUGGCGCACAGAUUGUACAACUAACAGCUUCAGGCAAUUUUGAGGAAGCAUUGGCUUUGUGCAAAUUACUCCCUCCUGAAGAUUCAAAACUUCGAGCUGCAAAAGAACAAUCAAUUCAUAUUAGAUACGCUCACUAUUUAUUUGAAAAUGGGAGCUAUGAGGAGGCCAUGGAACAUUUUUUGGCAUCUCAGGUGGAGAUCACUUACGUUCUUUCUUUGUAUCCAUCGAUCAUUCUUCCCAAAUCAUCUGUUAUACCUGAACCAGAGAAAUAUAUGGAUAUCAGUGGAGAUGCUUUGGAUCUCUCAAGAGGUUCCUCUGGCAUGUCAGAUGAUAUGGAAUCUCCACUUCCUCAUGCAUUGGAUUCUGAAGAAAGUGCGGAUAUUGAAUCCAGGAAAAUGAACCACAACACUCUGAUGGCUCUCAUUAAGUUCCUUCAGAGGAAGCGAUUUGGUAUUGUUGAAAAGGCUGCUGCGGAGGGAACUGAUGAGGCAGUUUCAGAUGCUGUAGGAAAUAAUUUUGUUUCGUAUGGUAGCAGUCGGCCAAAGAAACAAAACAAGGGUCGAACCAACACGUAUAUCAGCUCAGUUGCUAGAGACACUGCAGCUAUACUUGACACGGCAUUACUUCAGGCUCUUCUAUUGACAGGACAAUCUUCUGCUGCUCUGGAACUACUGAAAGGUCUUAAUUAUUGUGACAUAAGAAUAUGCGAGGAGUUUUUGCAGGAAAGAAAUCAGUAUGUUUGUCUACUGGAACUUUAUAAAUGUAAUGCGAUGCACCGUGAAGCACUCGAGCUUCUACACAAGUUAAUUGAAGAGUCAAACUCAAGUAAUCCACCAGCUGAGCUCAUGCGGAAGUUCAAGCCUGAAAUGAUUAUUGAUUAUCUCAAACCCCUCUGUGGCACUGAUCCUAUGCUUGUCCUGGAGUUUUCAAUGCUUGUUCUCGAGACCUGCCCAACACAAACUAUUGACCUCUUCUUGUCCGGAAACGUUCCAGCUGAUUUGGUCAAUUCUUAUCUGAAACAACAUGCUCCAAAUAUGCAGACUACAUAUUUGGAACUUAUGCUUGCAAUGAACGAAAAUAGUAUCUCUGGAAAUCUCCAGAAUGAAAUGGUGCAAAUUUAUCUGUCAGAAGUGCUUGAUUGGCACAAGGAUCUAUAUUCUCAGCAAAAAUGGGAUGAGAAAACUUAUUCUCCCACAAGGAAGAAACUCUUGUCUGCUUUGGAGAGCAUCUCUGGAUACAAUCCUGAGGUUUUGUUGAAGCGUCUUCCAGCAAAUGCUUUAUAUGAAGAACGAGCAAUUCUAUUGGGAAAGAUGAACCAACAUGAGCUUGCUCUUUCGAUAUACGUGCACAAGCUUAAUGUUCCUGAACUGGCCCUGUCGUACUGUGAUCGGGUAUAUGAGUCUGGACUUCAACAGUCAGCCAAAGCUUACAGCAACAUAUACCUCAUGCUACUGCAAAUAUAUUUGAAUCCUCACAAGACAACAAAGAACUUCGAAAAAAGAAUCACCAAUCUGGUGUCCGCUAGGAGCCCUGGAGCCCCAAAACUUACUUCCGGUUCCAGUAAGAAUAGAAAUCGCCUUUCGAAGAAAAUUGCAGAAAUUGAGGGUGCUGAUGAGAUUCGCUUCAGCCAAAGUGGCACAGACAGUGGAAAGAGUGAUUGCGAUACUGAUGAUGCCGUUGAGGAAGGAUCAUCUGCUAUUAUGCAUGAUAGGGUCCUUGAUUUGUUGAGCCAAAGAUGGGAUCGAAUAAAUGGAGCGCAGGCCUUAAGACUACUUCCCAAGGAAACUAAGCUGAAGAACUUACUUCCUUUUCUUGGACCACUUUUGAGGAAAUCCAGCGAAGCUUACAGGAACUUUUCUGUGAUAAAGAGUUUGAGAGAGAGUGAAAAUCUACAGGUCAAAGAUGAACUGUACACUCAACGGAAAAAUGUCGUGAAGAUUACUAGUGAUACUAUGUGCUCUCUUUGCCACAAAAAGAUAGGAACUAGCGUCUUUGCAGUGUAUCCCAAUGGGAGGACUAUUGUCCAUUUUGUUUGCUUCAAAGAUUCACAGAAUAUGAAGGCUGUUGCAAAAGGCUCACAAUUGCGCAAGAGAUGA